GCCGGGGUCGCGGCCAUGAACUUCGCGGUGGGGCUGAAGCCGCUGCUGGCGGAGGCGCGGAGCAUGGAGAGCCUGGAGAAGCAGCUCAUCUGCCCCAUCUGCCUGGAGAUGUUCUCCAAGCCCGUGGUCAUCCUGCCUUGCCAGCACAACCUCUGCCGCAAGUGCGCCAACGACGUCUUCCAGGCUUCCAAUCCGCUGUGGCAGUCGCGGGGUUCCAGCGCGGUGCCGUCGGGAGGACGGUUCCGGUGCCCGUCGUGCCGGCACGAGGUGGUGCUGGACCGGCACGGGGUCUACGGGCUGCAGCGGAACCUGCUCGUGGAGAACAUUAUCGACAUCUACAAGCAGGAGUCGGCCCGACCCCUGCACAACAAGGCUGAGCAGCACCUCAUGUGCGAGGAGCACGAGGACGAGCGGAUCAACAUCUACUGCCUGCGCUGCGAGGUGCCCACCUGCUCCCUCUGCAAGGUGUUCGGAGCCCACAAGGACUGCGAGGUGGCCCCACUGCCGGCCGUCUACCAGCGCCAGAAGAGCGAGCUCAGUGACGGCAUCGCCAUGCUGGUGGCGGGGAAUGACCGGAUCCAGGCCAUCAUCACGCAGAUGGAGGAGAUCUGCCACACCAUCGAGGAGAACAGUCGGCGGCAGAAGCAGCACGUGGGGCUGCGGUUCGAUGCUCUGUACGGGAUCCUGGAGGAGAGGAAGAAGGAGCUGCUGCAGAGCAUCGCAGCUGAGCAGGAGACCAAGCUGCAGCGUGUCCGUGGGCUCAUCCGCCAGUACGGAGACCACCUGGAGGCCUCCUCCAAACUGGUGGAAUCUGCCAUCCAGGCCAUGGAGGAGCCCCAGAUGGCCGUGUACCUGCAGCACUCCAAGGAACUCCUGAAAAAGAUCACGGACAUGUCCAAGGCAUCGAUGAGCAGCCGCCCCGAGCCUGGCUAUGAGAACAUGGAUCACUUCUCCAUCAACGUGGACUACGUGGCCGAGAUGCUGAGGACCAUCGAGUUCCAGACAGAGCCACUGGGUGAGGAUGAGGGUGAUGGACCCGGGGAGGGCAGUGAGGCUGCGACGGAGGAGGAUCGGCUGGACAGCCUGGAGGCGCCCGAAGCUGCCGAGGAUGUGGGGCCGAGGCAGAAGCCAGUGAGUUCCCCCCAUGGUCAGCACUGAGGUGACGCCGUGGGACAAUGUUGGCAACCCCCAGCUAUGGCCAUCCCUGUCACCCCCUGGCUAUGGUCAUCCCUGGCACCCCUGGCUAUGGCCAUCCUUGGCACUCCCAGUCGAGCUCCAUCCCUGCUGCUGGAAUUUCUCAAAUGGGGGCUACCCCUCUCCAACAUUAAACGUGUGUAAGGACAUCA